AGAAAACGCAAGAGGAAUGAACCUGAAACAUCUGCUGCUUCGAAUACCGAUGGAACACAAGCUUCUGCAUCGGAAUCAGCAUUGUCAUCUCGACCGAAAAGGACAAUUAGGAAGAGUGUGCUGCUUUCCGAUUAUGAGGUCAUGCUUCCAAGUGCCGUGAAGGAAGAACCUGAAGAUGAGGAAUAUGCGUCUGAACAUAGAUCCACCUCCCAACCAGCUGAAGAAGUUGAGGAGCAGUUCGUUGAUAUCGAAUCACCACCAGAAGAAGACGAACUAGGUGCCAAUGUCAAGGCAGAGGAACAUCAUACACCACUCAUUCAACGAAAAACACAAGCCCGCAAAAGUGGCUCAACUCCGGCUCCACCUCCGCCUUAUAUCGAACCGGAGGAACCUAUUGAAGGAGAAGUUGACAUAGAAGGAAUCGAAAUUAUGGGACAUGAAACAGGUGGAAUAAUGACUUUAGCUGAUGCUAUAGAUGUUGCUUUGGAAGAAGAAGUGUCUGGAGGAGAGGAAGAUGAUCAGCCGCCGCUGCUUGAGAAAAGUGCAGAGAGAAAACGUCCACGUGGUAGACCUCGUAAACAUAUCGCCGGUACAGCUAUAAUAGCACGUGGGCGUACGGGACGACUUGUCCCUCUACCUAGAUCGCGCUAUGUGGCUGACAAAGCUAUCAGCAAGGGAGAAGCUGAAAAGAUAAACAAUUAUAAUAUCAAACUGUUUGAAAAUGAGGUGGGAGUUACGGAAUUUGGAGAUCGUUAUGCUACUGUAAUUCCUGGAUGC